GUCAUUCGUAUCGGAUGUAUUUAUUGAUAGCUCCUGCGGUGGUUAGAACGAAAACGUCCAUCAUCGUUCUUUCUUAAGUCGAAGUGGUUUCUUUUGUUGUGGUUUCUUUUCUUUCGCAUCAGACUGUGUUAGAACAAUUGAGUUGGUGAAUUGAGUUAGCCAGUGGUGCGUUCCGUACACGAAAGCGAAAACGCGCCCCGACUGCGUGCACCGGACCACAUACGUGAAUAAGUGGAGUGCGCAAGCAAAUCUCAGUCAACGAGAGGAGAAAUUAUUCCACAGCGAGCGCUGUAAUCUUUUGUUCGUGCAUCGGCAUUGAUUGCCCGUUCGACACCAAUACACUGACGAUAGUGUGGAGAGCGUGGUCAGCGGAAGCAGUCAUUGAAUCAUACGCACUGUGUGCAAAUUUAGAAUUAAAGUUCCACGUAAUGGCAGAGGGUGGUGGGGAGUCUCCUUAUAUGGAGAUCUCCGACAUGGAAACAAGUGACUCCCCCUUAUGUAUGAAAAAGGAAACAGGAAGAGCACUCAAACGCUAUAACUCUUCCGGGGACGAGUCAACUCACCCUACUAAGCCCCCCUCGAAAAAACUCGCAAGUCUCCCUCCCCAACUUUCCGAUUCUCCCACUCUCCCUCCUCAGCCCUCCAAUACUCCCACUCUCCCUCCCCCUUCCUCGGUUUCGCUUCCUCCUUCUGAUAUUACCGUUACAACUCAAUCCUCGUCCUCGUCUUCUCCCUCUGUUGUCUCCGCUCCACGUAUCAGAGUCUAUCCAGAAGAUGCACCUGGAACUGGCCCGUGGGUUGUUUUCUUCCGGCCAAAACCAAAUGGAAAAGGCCUUAACGUGAUUCAGAUCAUGAAAGAUCUGACCAGAGACACUUCCGUAGAAGAAAUUUUCAAGGUCAGACCGAACAAAUUACGAGUUGUCGUGUCUGAACGGAAGGAUGCAAACGAGAUUGUUGCUGAUAAGCAUUUCAUCCUCGAAUAUCGCGUAUGGAUUCCCUCCAAUGACGUAGAAAUCGGGGGGGUGAUAACUGAAACGGGUCUGACGUGCGAAAAAAUUAGAAGUGAAGGAGCUGGCAAGUUCAAGAAGCUCCCUUCGGCGGAAGUCAUAAUCUUGGACUGUCGCCAACUCGGUAAAGUCUCCCAAGAAAAGGAAAUAACAAAAUUCACGCCGUCCGACUCGUUUAGAGUAACUUUUGCUGGUUCCGCUCUCCCGGACUACGUUAUGGCUCUUCGUGUCAAAUACAGAGUAACGGUUACGAACUAA